AUGGAGGAAAUACCCGACAGUCACGCCUUCGCGGCAGCGCCAAUGGAGGGCGUGGAGUCGGAGCAACCUGUGCAGGGUGUCGAGGCACCUUUUAACGAGGAUAUAAACGUUUUUUCAGCACCGGAAGCGGCGUCGGAGCCUGCCGCAGCGGAGCCAGGAUCGAGCACCGCGGAACACUUCGAGGCGGCGGAUGCGGGUUUCGCGGCGUCCGAUGCGGCGCCAGAUGCGGCGGCUGAUGGGGGGUACUCGGCGCACGAGAGCGCGGCAGCGGCGGCAGCGGCGGAGUUAGAAGGCGACGGAAGGGACGCGGAAGGAACGGUGGCAGCGCCAACGACGGUGAUCACGGAAGAUGCUGAGAACCUUCUGGACGACAUGCUGGGAGAGUCAGAACCUACUGCCGAACCUGCUGUUGCCGAGCCUGUUCCUCUAGAUGAUGCGCAAGCUGCAACCAUUGGUGUUGCUGGGGAGGUUCCUGCCGAUGCUACCCCCGAGGCUCCUCCCACUGCUGCGGAAACACCUGCAGAGGAAUCUGUUCCUGUAGAGGAAACGUCACCAGCGGAGAGGACAUCAGCAGGUGCACUAGAUGGAACCGAAACUGGUGCAGAGGAAUCUGCCCCUGCAGAGGAGAGUCAACCGCAGGGUGAUAACCAGGAGUUUGUUCCGCCAGUGGGGGAAGCGCUGGCGGAAGGGGAAGUUCCGCCAGUCGGGGACGCACAGGGAGAGGGGGAAGCGGCUCCGCCAGUAGAGGGGAUGGGCAUGGAUGUGAAGCGCGAUGAUGGGAGUGGUGCGUACGUGCAGCAGGAACCAGAGCAGCCUAUAACGGGUAUGGGCAUGGAUGUGAAGGUGGAUCAGGGAGGCAUGGAGGGGGGGCAGGUGGUGGGGAGAGAGGGGGAGGUUAUGGGGGAGGGAGGACAGGUGGUGGGGGGAGAGGGGGAGGUUAUGGGGGAGGGAGGGCAGGGGGUGGGAGAGCAUGUGGGAGAGUAUGUGGGAGACCAUAUAGAUGAGCAGGAGGGGGAUGGAGCACUUCAGCUUCAGAUGGGCAUGGAUGUGAAACCUGAUGGGGAAACGCCGGGGGAGAUUGCGCAGGGGGAAGCGGGCGAGCAAGGGGGAGUGGGGGAGGAGGCGCAAUACGAGCAGCAGGUUGGCGCAGUUGGCAGUGCGGGCGGAGAGCAUGGGGAGCACAGGGAGCGUGGGGAGCAUGGGGAGCAGCCACAUGAAGCGCAAGCGGGGGGAGAGCUUGGGGGGGAGGCGCACGCAGGGGGGGAGCAUAUGGCGCAAGAGUAUGCAGCGCAGGAGCAUGGGGGUGGGGAGUAUGGGGCACAGGGGUAUGUGGGGGAGGCUUAUACAGGGCAGCAGCAGCAGGGGGAGGCUUAUGCAGGGCAGGAGCAGGAGGUGGGGGUGUAUGCUGGGCAGCAGCAGGAGGGGGAGGCUUAUGCGGGGCAGCAGCAGGAAGGGGAGGCCUAUGCGGGGCAGCAACAGCAGGAGGGACAGGAGUAUGUGGGGCAAGUUGUGGGAGGAGAUGUGGAAAUGCAGGAGCAGCAGCAAGGAACGGUGGUGCCGGAGGGAGGAGAGGUGGUUUAUGCACCUAAUGCUGCUGCUGCUGAUGCUUCUGGUGCUGCUGGUGGUGAUGCUGCUGUUGAAGCUGGAGAAGCGGCGGCUAAACCUGAUGCUGAUGCCUUUUCUGCUGCUGUUGCUGCCGCUGACACCGCAGCAGCAGAAGCAGCCGCAGCAGAAGCAGCAGCGACGGCAGCAGCAGAAGCAGCAGCAGCAGAAGCAGCAGCAGGUGGCGUGACAGGGGAUGAUGGGGAGGGAAUGGAAGGGGUGCAGAUGCAGGGGGAAGCGGAAGCAGCACAUCUGGCUGAGGGCGGGGAGGGAUACACUGAAGCGGGGACCCAUGAAGGGUAUGCAGAAGCAGGGGCGCAAGAAGGGUAUAUUACUCAGGGUAAUGAAGGGAUGGGGAUGGGUAAUGAAGGGUACGCUCAGGAGGUCGUUCAGGGGGAGCAGGGGGAGCCUCAGGGUGGGUACACGGGAGAACAGGCACAUGAGGGGUACGGGCAAGAAGGGGCGACUUUUGAGUCGACUCAAAAGUCAACUCAGGGGGAGCAGGGGGAGCCUCAGGGUGGGUAUACGGGAGAGCAGGGCCAGGCACAUGAGGGGUACGGGCAAGAUGGGGCGACUUUUGAGUCGACUCAAAAGUCAACUCAGGGGGAGCAGGGGGAGCCUCAGGGUGGGUACACGGGAGAACAGGCACAUGAGGGGUACGGGCAAGAAGGGGCGACUUUUGAGUCGUCUCAAAAGUCAACUCAGGGGGAGCAGGGGGGGCCUCAGGGUGGGUACACGGGAGAGCAGGGCCAGGCACAUGAGGGGUACGGGCAAGAGGGGGCGACUUUUGAGUCGACUCGAAAGUCAACUCAGGGGGAGCAGGGGGAGCCUCAGGGUGGGUACACGGGAGAGCAGGGCCAGGCACAUGAGGGGUACGGGCAAGAAGGGGCGCAUGCUUAUGCGGUCGGUGGGGAGGCAGGAGGGUAUGCGGAAGGGCAGAUGGAGGGACACGUGGAGGGGCAGAUGGAAGGACACGUGGACGGGCAGAUGGAGGGACACGUGGAGGGGCAAAUGGAGGGACACGUGGAUGGGCAGAUGGAGGGACACGUGGAUGGGCAGAUGGAAGGACAUGUGGAGGGGCAGAUGGAGGGGCACGUGGAGGGGCAGAUGGAGGGCCACGUGGCACAGCCUUACGUGGAAGGGGAAAUGGCAGCGGAAGGGCAUGUGGAAGGAGGAACCACAGCAGCAGGAGAAGCAGCAGGAGAGGCAGCAGCAGGAGAAGCAGCAGCAGGAGAGGCAGCAGCAGGGGAAGCAACAGCGGCAGCAGGAGCAGGAGGAGAAGGCGCAGGGGUAGCAGACGGUGUGGGAGCGGGCGGCAAGGAGAUGGUUCUGGCUGGCACGGAAGCAACAGAUCGGAUUUUGUCUAGUGUGGAGGCGGCAGAUCUGAUUCUGAUGCAGCAGCAGCUGCCACAGCCGCCGCCCGGGCCGGCCGUGGGGAACCUGAUGAUGCUGCCGAUGCUGCUCGAUCAAAUCGAAGCACACAUCCUCUUCUACGGACGCAUCUUUCGCAAGGAGCCUUUGGAGGAGGAGCUGCGGAAUCUCGUCUUCGCAUCCAUGCCCUCAGGUAGUGCCUUCCCUGUCUUACCCCCCCUUCCCCUGUUUCCUUCCAAUCCCCUCGUUCCUCUCCUUGUCUUCCUCUCAUUGCUCAUCCUCACCUUUUCCCACUCCGUGCCACUCCUUCCCACUCAUCCUCACCUUUUCCCACUCCGUGCCACUCCUUCCCACUCAUCCUCACCUUUUCCCACUCCGUGCCACUCCUUCCCACUCAUCCUCACCUUUUCCCACUCCGUGCCACUCCUUCCCACUCAUCCUCACCUUUUCCCACUCCGUGCAACUCCUUCCCACUCAUCCUCACCUUUUCCCACUCCGUGCCACUCCUUCCCACUCAUCCUCACCUUUUCCCACUCCGUGCCACUCCUUCCCACUCAUCCUCACCUUUUCCCACUCCGUGCCACUCCUUCCCACUCAUCCUCACCUUUUCCCACUCCGUGCCACUCCUUCCCACUCAUCCUCACCUUUUCCCACUCCGUGCCACUCCUUCCCACUCAUCCUCACCUUUUCCCACUCCGUGCCACUCCUUCCCACUCAUCCUCACCUUUUCCCACUCCGUGCCACUCCUUCCCACUCAUCCUCACCUUUUCCCACUCCGUGCCACUCCUUCCCACUCAUCCUCACCUUUUCCCACUCCGUGCCACUCCUUCCCACUCAUCCUCACCUUUUCCCACUCCGUGCCACUCCUUCCCACUCAUCCUCACCUUUUCCCACUCCGUGCCACUCCUUCCCACUCAUCCUCACCUUUUCCCACUCCGUGCCACUCCUUCCCACUCAUCCUCACCUUUUCCCACUCCGUGCCACUCCUUCCCACUCAUCCUCACCUUUUCCCACUCCGUGCCACUCCUUCCCACUCAUCCUCACCUUUUCCCACUCCGUGCCACUCCCCACUCAUCCUCACUUCUUCCCUAUCCUUUCCACUCAUUCCUGUUCCUUCCACUUCGCUUUCACAACCCAGACCUAGACACACCAGAGCACGAGCGCUGUCUAGAAGUGGUGGACGCCUGGGAGGUUCGCAAGCGCUGGGCAGAACCUAGACACACCAGAGCACGAGCGCUGUCUAGAAGUGGUGGACGCCUAGGAGGAGCGCAAGCGCAUGGCUCUCCCCUUGCUUGCAGUGCUUCCACACCUUCCCACUCCCUCCCAACCCCUCAUACUCCUUCUCACUCCGUCCCACUCCCUCCCAUCCCUUACCACAUCUCCUAUCCAGACCUAGGCACGCCGGAGCAUGAGCGAUGGCUCGAGGUGGUGGAGGCUUGGGAGGAGCGCAAGCGCAUGAUUGGUUACCAAGCCUCGGGCGGCCGAGGCAGGGGGAGAGGCCGGGGGCGAGGCAGGGGGAGGGGCAGGGGGCGGGGGAGGGGGAGGGGGAGAAGGGGCGCAUAUGCUGCCAAUGGGGGGGGUUAUGGUGGCAGGGGGGAAUAUCCGGGGGAAGAAGGGGAGGAGGGGUUUUACACUGGGAGUGGGAUGAGGAGAGGGGGAGUGUGGGAUUCGGAAGGGAUGGAAGGGGAAGAGGGUAAUCCAGGGGAAAUCGACGGGGAAAUUCCCCAUAGAAAAUACCGGGUCGGGCCGAGAAUUCCAGCCGAGGCGCAGAAAUUAGGGGCGGUUUUGGGGAGGGCGGCGUGGGGGAAGGCAGAGGAGGAAGAGGCGAGGGAGUAUCUGUUGGGUUUGGCCCCUGAUAGAGGGAUUGCAGAGGAAGCAGCUGGUAGGGCUGCUGCUGCUGCUGCUGUGGCUGGAAAGCAUGCUGCUGCUGCUCUUGGGUUGGUGUGUGGGGAUGGGGUGAAGGGGAAGGAGGAGGGGAAGGGAGUGGAGGCUAAAGGGAGUGAUGAAAAGGGAGCAGAAGCUAUGGAAACAGAAGAGAAGGUGAUUGCAGAGGAAGCGGCAGAGAAGGGGACUGCAGAGGAAACAGCCGAGAAGGUUCCUGCAGAGGAAACAGCAGAGAAGAAGCCUGCAGAGGAAGCAGCCGAGAAGGUUACUGCUGAGGAAGCAGCAGAGAAGGCAGCGGAUCGGGCUCUCUUAAUGGCGAAGGACUCGGCUGUCAGUGCAGGAAAGGCCAUGCUGGCACUCGAUCGUGACCUGGACGCCAUGUGGCAGGAGCUCUAUGAGGUGGACAACUGCCACGUGGAGGCUGACAGCUCAGCAGGGAAACUCGCUGCGCAAGCACUGGCUGCUGCAGCUGUGGCUCGGGCGUCAGCCGCUGCUGCCAAGUCAGCGUGGGACUUAGUUAAGUAUUAUAGGAGUAAGGUGGGGUUGAUAAUGAUGGAGGAGGAAGGGAGGGAGUGGAGGGAGGGGGGCGGAAGGGGGAGAGGAGGGAGGAAGGGGGAGAAAGGCGGGGUGAAGUAUGUCCUUGCGCUGCAGGUUAAGCCGCGGAGGGUGAGGAGGACGGCGAGGGAGCUUGGGAAGAUGGGGGAUGGGGUGUGGGAGGAGGAGGAGGACGAGGAGGAAGUGGAGGGGUUGGAAGGGGUGCAGGGGGCUUCGCCUAUGGACGAAUCAGGAGCCGCCACGUGGACAGAGGAGGAAGGGUUUGGGGGAGGGGGAGGAGGAUCGGGGGGGAGGGGAGGAAUAGGGGGAGGAGUAGGGGGAGGGGUAGGGGGAGUGGUAGGCGGAGGGGUGAGCCCUGUGGCGUUUCAGGGGUAUGAGGGGACGCCUGGGGGGAGGGGAAGCGGAAGGGGCAGGGGGAGGGGGAGGGGGAGGGGCAGAGGGAGGGGUAGGGGGAGGGGGAGGGGAAGGGGGCGUGGGCGCAAGUCAGUUUGGGACGAGGGGGAGGAUGAGGGGGAGGAAGGGGGGGAGUGGCGGGUGGGGAAGAGGUCACGGGGGGAGAUGGAGGGAGGGGGGGAGUAUGGGGAGGAGGCGGAAGGGGAGGAGGAGGCGGAGGAGGAGGGGGGACAGACUCUGCGUCACAAGUUCAGUGUGGGGUCGUUUGUUGAGGUGGCGUCCAACGAGGAGGGGCUGAGGGGCAGCUGGUUCACGGGCACGGUGCUGCAGAUAUAUGCUCAUGUGUGCCUUGCUUGCACAUGUUGCUGUCUGUGCGUGUGGUUGCGCCGGUUCGUGUUGCUGUGUGCACGGCAGGUGGCGUCAAACGAGGAGGGCCUGAGGGGCAGCUGGUUCACGGGCACGGUGCUGCAGAUAGUGGGCAACAGGGCGUUGGUGCGAUACGAUGAGUUGCUGGAUGACGAUGGUGAGUGGAUGAGCCUCGUGGUGGUGAGUGCAUGGCGCAUGGUGUUGGUGCCUGACUUCACGGGCACGGUGCUUCAGAUGGUGUACAAUGAGCUGCUGGAGGGUGAUGGCACCCACCAGUUGGAGGAGUGGGUGGGGCUGGUCCCGCCAUCCCCUGCUGCAAGCGACGCCUCCCGCUUUGUCUCGGGAGUGCCAUCGGGCCCCCAGAGGAAGGGCCAGCAGCCGGAGAGGCGGCUUAACCCCCCUGCCACCCUUCCUCCCCCAACCCCCCUCGCUCCACCAGGCACCCAUCAGUUGGAGGAGUGGGUGGGGCUGCUGGAGGAGUGGGUGGGGCUGGUCCCGCCCUCCCCUGCUGCAAGUGACGCUUCUCGCUUCCUGCACACACCAGCUGGAGGAGUGGGUGGGUCUGGUCCCGCCAUCCCCUGCUGCAAGCGACGCCUCCCGCUUUGUCUCGGGAGUGCCGUCGGCCCCCCAGAGGAAGGGCCAGCAGCCGGAGAGGCGGCUGAACCCCGUUUCUUCCUCUUCUCCCGCUUUCCCCACCUCUCUCCAGGCACCCACCAGUUAGAGGAGUGGGUGGGGCUCGUCCCGCCCUCCCCUGCUGCAAGCGACGCUUCUCGCUUCGUCUCGGGCGUGCCGUCGGCCCCCCAGAGGAAGGGCGCGCAGCCGGAGAGGCGGCUGCGGCCGGGGAGGGAGAGGGGGAGGCGGCGGAGAGUUGCCAUGGGGCGAGUGUGGGCUGUGGGAGACAGAGUCGACGCGUGGGUGGACGACGGUCUCUCUCGCUCGCUUUCCUUCUCACCCCCUCUUGUUCUCUUUCCCCUCUCACCCCCACUUGCUCUUUUUCACUCGCAACCCCUCCUGCUCCCUCCCUCUCACCCCUUCUCGCUCUCUUCCCCUCCACCUCUCAUUCCAUUUACCCCUCUCCCCUUAUCCCCCUCUCGGCAACACAGGUGGUGGGAGGGGGUAGUCACUGCACUGGACGCACAGGGUCCCAAAAUCAGAGGCUUCACUGUGGAGUUUCCAGUCCUUCUCACCUGCACUUUGUCUCCUUUUACGCUUGCCGUCCCUUCCCUCCCUUACGGCAGGGUACGGGGAGAUGGGGCAGAAGCAGGUCAAGGCCGCGUCGCUUGCUGCUCACUGCCACUCAUCUCUCCCCCACCCUGCCCCCCCCUUUCCUCUCCCCCCCUGCUCCCCCCCCUGCUCCCCCCCUGCUCCCCCCUGCUGCUCCUCCCCCUGCUUCUCCCCCUGCUCCUCUUUCCCUCCCCCAUUCCCUCACCGCCCCCUGCUGUUGUGGCAGGGUACGGGGAGAUGGGGCAGAAGCAGGUGCGGCCGUGGGAGCUGCGGCCAUCAAUGGUGUAUGACACUCAGGGCCACCUCUGGCAUUUCGUCAAGGUCAAGGCCGCGUCGCUUGCUGCUGUGGUGGGCGGAGCAGGGGGCGAUGAAGAGGAGGAGGGGGAGGAGGAGGAAGUCGAGUAUGUGGGGGAGGAGGCUGGCGCAGCAAUGGAAAUGCGAGCCGUCGUCAUGGGUCGCGCGUUGGUGCUUGCGUUGCUCGCGUUCUGCCUGGUGGGGUGCGCCUCGGCGCGCUUUGGCUCCCCCGCCAACGAUGAGAAGGAGUUCAUCCCCGGGCAGCCCCAGGAGGCGUUCAAGAGCAGCGGCGGACGCGUGGAAGUGUGGAGCCCCGACUUCAAGCAGUUUCAGGAUGCGGACAUCGGCGCUGGCAUCGUCACCAUCGAGAGCCAGUCCCUGGCGCUGCCCCACUACGCCGACUCCGCCAUGAUCAACUACGUGAUUGAGGGAGAGGCAUGCGUCGGUCUCAUCACGCCGCUCGGCAUGCCCACCAACAUGCGCCGCCUGCGCAAGGGCGACGCGUACAUCCACCCGCGCGGGUGGGCGCACUGGGCGUGGAACAACGGCAACCAGCCGUUCCGCGCGGUCGCUAUGGCGGAUACCUCCAAGGGCCCCCAGCGCGGCCAGUACACUUCGUUCCACCUCAUCGGCGCGCAGAAGGAGCAGAGCGGCGGCAUCCUGCACGGCUUCAGCUCCGACCUGCUCGCGCGCGCGUGGAACGUGGAGGAGAACGACGUGAAGCAGCUGCUGCAGGAGCAGAAGGAGACCGCCUUCGUGAAGGUGCAGCAGAGGAGCCAGGUCGACGCGCUUAACGCCGCAAUCGACGCUCUCAACGCGCGCUCCGGCGCGGAGAACAUCUUCGGCGAUUUCUCGUACAAUCUCAUCGAGAAUGACGCGGAUAUUCAGCGCGAGGGCGCGGGCCGCGUGACCUGGGCGAGUGGCUGGAAGCUUCCGAUGUUCCGCAAGGUUGGGUUCUCGGCUGCGCGGUUCGAGCUUGAGCAGAACGCGCUCGCGGCGCCGCAUUGGCUGGCGAACAGCGCGGCGCUGAUCUACGUGCUGAACGGGCAGGGGCGGUUCGAGAUGACCCACUCCGACGGGCGCACGGCGGUGCGACGCGACGUGAAGCAGGGCGAGCUGAUCGUGAUCCCGCCCGGCCUCCCGCACGCCACGCUUGCCUCCGGCAACGGCAUCGAGUACAUCGCGCUCAUCACCAAGUCGCGCCCGCAGGUCGGCUUCCUCGCGGGGGCCAACUCCGUCUACCGCUUCCUGCCGCGCGCCAUCCAGCAGGCCGCUUUUAACGCGGACGAGAAGCUGAUUGAGAAGCUGCGCAGCACCCGCCAGCACGAGUACGUCAUCCUGCCGCCCAAGGGCCAGAAGCCCAAGCCCCGGGCGUUCACCGAGGAGGAUGAGGACGUGGAUGUCGAUUUCAGCAUCAUCGACACUCCCUAUGGCUUCUAA